ACAGACUCUGAGCUUCUCACUCUCACUCUUCUCUACUAUUCCAAAGCUCCUGAGCUCUUUCUUCUUCUUCAAUGGCUUCUGCCUCUUUGUUUUUGAGUGUCAUUUUGGGUCUCUCAUUGUUUUUGGGUCCGGUUAGCUCGGCCAAAUUCGAUGAGCUUUUCCAGCCUUACUGGGCUUCUGACCAUUUCACAUACGAGGGCGAGCUUCUCCAUAUGAAGCUCGACAAUUAUUCUGGAGCUGGAUUCUCAUCCAAGAACAAGUACAUGUUCGGGAAAGUGACCGUACAGAUUAAGCUCGUAGAGGGUGACUCUGCCGGAACUGUCACUGCUUUCUAUAUGUCAUCGGACGGUCCACUGCAUAAUGAGUUUGAUUUCGAGUUUCUGGGCAACACUACAGGGGAGCCUUACUCUGUUCAGACCAACCUCUACAUCAAUGGCGUUGGCAACAGAGAGCAAAGGCUCGACCUUUGGUUCGACCCAACUACGGACUUCCACUCCUACUCCAUUUUCUGGAACCAGCGCCAAGUAGUAUUUCUAGUAGACGAGACUCCGAUUAGGGUACACACCAACAUGGAAAGCAAGGGGUUGCCCUUCCCCAAGGACCAGGCUAUGGGGGUGUACAGCUCAAUCUGGAACGCUGACGACUGGGCCACACAGGGCGGGAGGGUCAAGACCGAUUGGUCCCAUGGACCCUUUGUUGCAUCUUACAAAGGCUUUGACAUCAAUGCCUGUGAGUGCCCGGCUUCCGUGGCUGGAGCCGAAAACGCCAAGAAGUGCAGCAGCAGCAAUGGAGACAAGAAGUACUGGUGGGAUGAGCCUGUGCUGUCCGAGCUUAACGUCCACCAGAACCACCAGCUGGUUUGGGUUAAGAACCACCACAUGGUCUAUGACUACUGCACUGAUAGUGCUAGGUUCCCAGUCACUCCAGUCGAGUGUGUGCACCACCGUCACUAGGGUUUGCAGAAGGGGUGGUAAAAUGGGAACAUGGAAUGUUGUGUAAAAAGGAUCGGGGUGAAGAAAAAAAAAAACACAUAAGACAUGUACUCCAUGUUGGAUUGGUUCCCAUUUUUUGGUUACUUGGUUAUGAUUUUAGUUUGUAAGAUAGGGAACGAUGAGCAUCAAUGUGAAAUAUGAAUUUCCUUUUACC